CAGUUGACGGAGCACUGGAGACAAGUGAGGAUCGCGGGGAACCGAUCAGAGCCGAGACAGAAAAAUUUCAAAAGAGAAAGAGUGAAAUUGAAAAGCCAUUGCCUUUGCAAAAAUGAUGAAGUGGAUUUUUGUUGUGAUGAUCGCGUCUCUACUAGCAGUAGCCCAGGCCCAACGACCUGCCUUUGCAGGCAUGCGUCCACCUGGUGGCCUAAGUCAGAAGGACAAGUACCAUGCCACGCAGAAUACGGCCGUGGAGAACAUCACCGGAGUGGAUAUAGUUACGAGAUUCGGCGAACCCUCACCCACCCAGCAGACACCCAUCAUCAAUUUAGCCCAUGGUGAAGUUCAAAGACCGCCAAUUGGAGUCCCCCUAGUGCUGCCCAUCAGUGCCUACGUUCCCGACACGCAGCCAUCACGUCCAGCCGUUCCAACCGUGGUCAAUCGCUUUGGCGAAGCGGAUGCCAGCUCGCCUUUUCCAACAGCUGGUGCUCCCUUCUUCACUGCCAGCUCGCCUGUUCCCACUGCUGGUGCCCCAAUCUUCACAGCCAAUCCUUCUGCCGCCGCCCUCCCAAUUGAUGCCCAUGGCGACCAGGAGUAUGUGAAUCACCUAAGUAGCCUGCCCGUGGAGAACCAGCCAUUCUGGUUCAUCAACUAUCAGCACAUUGAGGCUUUGAGGAAUAGCUCCAGGCCAAAUGUGGGAGCUCUGGAGACGCGGGGAUCUUUCUUUGGCGGCUAAAACUUGAAUCGUAAUUUUUCAAACUUUUCGCUUAGUUUAUACGUGUGUGUGUUAAUAUGAGAAAUUAUGUGUAUAUUUAUUUAUUUUUGUAUA